CCCCCAUCCAUCCAUCCAUCCAUCCACCUCUCCAUCCAUCCCCCCAUCCAUCCAUCCAUCCAUCCAUCCACCCAUCUAUCCACCCAUCCAUCCAUUCAUCCAUCCAUCCAUCCCCCACCCACCCACCCAACCCCCUCCCUCUAUCCAUCCAUCCAUCCAUCCACUUAUCUACCUAUCCACCCACCCAUCCACCCACCAUCCAUCCACCCACACACCCAUCAACAUAUUCAUCCAUCCACCCACCCACCCAACCACCCAUCCGUCCGCCCCACCAUCCACCCACCUACUAUCCAUCCACCCACCUAA